CCUUCCUUUGGGGAUAAAAGCUUGCCGUGCGAUGUCUGUCAGGCCCUGUGUCUGGCCCAUACAAAUCGAUCCACCAUGCGACCUAUACUGUUCGUAUUUUAUACCGCCGAGACGGUGGCCAACAUUUUUCUAAUGGGCUUCCAUAUAAGUGGUUUCAUGGUCCAGGAUCUGAGCUUCCUUCCGGUGAUGGACCAAGUGACGCACUACUUCUUCACGGUCACACUCUAUGCCUUCACCGUGCUGGUAUUCUUUGCCAGCAUCAAUAUCUGCACUGGAAACCCGGCCAGCGCUAUCGAGGAAAUCCUGCGGUCAAUGGCCGGCUGCAUACUGUACGUGACUAUCUCGCUGAUGACGCUGAAGGAUGCCGAAGAGGACUUCCACAUGAUGUAUAUUCACAUGGAUGAUCCCAAUAUGCCGGAGAAGCCAGUGCAUCCCUUCUUUGAUUAUCUGCGCGCUCAGGCGGUGUGCUCUCUGGUCUGCAGUGUCAUCUUCCUGCUGCACUGCCUGAUUGUUGUCGAUGUCCUGCUAUCGAAUGAGGAGUACUCCGACGAUGAAGCUGAUCUGUAUGAUGACGAAAAUGAGAAUGACGACGAUGAGCAGUACGACUUUAUGCCUGUACACUUGUAUGUGUUUGGGGAGUCGGUGCAGUUGCACCUCGAGCGCUAUCACUGGUUCCGUGAAUUCUCCCAUGAUCGCCGCAUCAAUAUCUAAUCUGAAUGCCCACACCAUUCAUUUCUCUGUUCCUUUGUGUCUGAUUAAAGCCUGCCUCCU